AUGGAAAAGCCGAACAAGGAAGUAGCGGCGACCGCAGAUGAGCAGUCUGCGCAGAGCGAAGAAAAUGAAAAAAUGAAAGCAGUGCCACGGCACAAAGGACACAAAGGGCUGUUGAAGCAACUGGCAGGCCUCAGACAGUAUGCGGCCGGAAAACAGGAAGUGGAGGAGAGCAGCUCACAGCUUGACGAGCAGCCGUACAGAAGCUCAGAUGAGGCAUCGGAGCAUGGGAGAGAGUGGAGUGGGGAAUUCACGGAGAAAGUGGUAAAGAACAUGAGACAUGAAACGGAGUUCAUUGCAUUACACCCAACAGAGACAACGAUGGAGGAAAUCAAAAGUACAAUCGGGAGGUGGGACCGGAUCAGAAGCCACGAAAACGAAAGGGGUGGCGGUGGAAGUGCUCGUACUCACAAAAAUUAUAAGGGCCGGGCAAGUGGGAGUGACCAGCGUCAGGGAGGUAAUAAGGAGCACCAGGACGGGGGUCAACGAGAGAAGAAAUACCCGGACAAGAGACGAAAGGGGUAUCUGCCUCCUGAGGAGUACAACAAGCUGACAGUGGAAGAGAAGAUUGCUCUCCGGGCUAAACGUGAGGCGGCAGCCGAGGGAGGACAAGAGAAGAAAGGAGAAUAA